AUGGAGAAGGGGCAGGAGAUAGCAGCAUCAGAUGGUGAAAGGGGUCCAGAGCAGCAUCAGCACGCCAUUGACGUUGGCCAUGCCGAGCAUGGUGAUGGCAAGGGAGAGGACAUCGAGAAGGAGAGAGUGGCUGUGGCUGAGGACGUGCAGAAGAAGAAGAGCAGAAGAGUGGCAGCUCUUGAUGCCUUCAGAGGGCUAACCAUUGUGCUUAUGAUACUGGUGGACGAUGCCGGUGGGGCUUAUGAGCGGAUUGACCACUCACCAUGGAACGGCUGCACCCUGGCAGACUUCGUCAUGCCCUUCUUCCUCUUCAUAGUUGGUGUUGCAAUCGCCUUCGCACUGAAGAGAGUUCCAAACAUCGGUGCCGCCGUGAAGAAGAUUACCAUCAGAACACUGAAAAUGCUCUUCUGGGGUGUGCUUCUCCAAGGUGGAUAUUCUCAUGCUCCGGAUGACCUCUCUUAUGGAGUGGACAUGAAGAAGAUCAGAUGGAUGGGCAUCCUACAGAGAAUAGCUUUGGUAUACUUCAUUGUUGCUCUGAUAGAGGCAUUCACCGUAAAGGUACGGCCUACCACGGUGCGGUCCGGUCCUUACGCCAUUUUCAAUGCGUAUCGAUGGCAAUGGUUAGGUGGUUUCAUUGCAUUUGUGAUAUACAUGGUUACAACAUUCUCACUAUAUGUCCCAGAUUGGAGCUUUGUUUACCACAAUGAUGGCGAUGUCAAUGACGGGAAACAAUUUACGGUAAAAUGUGGUCUGAGGGCCAGCCUGGAGCAAGCCUGCAACGCUGUUGGCUAUGUUGAUAGGCAGGUCUGGGGGAUUAAUCAUCUCUACACACAGCCAGUUUGGAUCCGGUCAAAGACUCACAAGGAGAGACUGAAGCACUGGCUUCUGAUGGGGUUUUCGCUCCUUGUACUCGCCAUCAUCCUACACUUCACAAAUGCCAUCCCAAUCAACAAGCAGCUCUACAGCUUCAGCUAUGUCUGCUUUACCGGCGGUGCAGCAGGAAUUGUUCUUUCAGCUUUCUAUAUACUGAUUGAUGUCUGGGGACUGAGGAUGCCAUUCCUUUUCCUGGAGUGGAUAGGCAUGAACGCCAUGCUUGUGUUUGUCCUAGGAGCACAGGGAAUACUGGCUGCAUUUGUGAACGGAUGGUACUACAAGUCGGAAGAUAACAAUCUUGUCAAUUGGAUUGUGAAGCAUGUGUUCGUCAAUGUCUGGCACUCACAGAAUCUGGGAACUCUGCUGUAUGUCAUAUUCUGUGAGAUAGUGUUCUGGGGUGUUGCGGCAGGCGUCUUGCACAAAUUAGGGAUUUAUUGGAAACUAUGA